UUCAUGACAUGUAAUGGUAGUCAAUUAUUAGCGUCAAGAAUGUUUGUGUGUUCUCGACUUAUUGUAGGUAAUUGUAUUUAUUUGUUAUUGUAAAAACAUGAAAUGGGUCUGCAAUAAUUAUUUGUUUACUAGCUUAGAAAGACUGUUAAAGGGACAUGGACAAGAUAUGUAUUCUACGCUAUGGCCGUGCGUAGUUGGUGGGGCCCACAUUGAGGAAAGAAGUGCAUUGCCCGUUUAAAUCUCCAUCGCGAGGACUUUACAGUGGUUUGACAAUCAGUAGCGGUUCAGAGAUCUCAUAUUAAACGGAGACAACGACGCGACCACGAGACGGAACAGAUCGCUCUCUCUCUCUCUUCCUCUCCUCUCUGCCGGCAGCUGACACAGUUUGACUAAAGCCUCAACAUGCCUGUGGCAUCGACUGGCACAGAGCCUGCGGCACCCCCCCAGGUCCUGGAUACCCUGAGUGACAGCAACAGCUCCACCACCGCCAAUGACCUGGACCUCAUCUUCCUCAAGGGCAUCAUAGACAGCCCCGUGGAGCCAGAGAGUCUGGAAGAGACCAGGUUGGAGGCAGUGAGGGACAACAACGUAGAGCUGGUCGAGGAGAUCCUCAGAGAGCUGAGUCCCUUCACACACCAAAGCAACAGCGCAGCAGAGCUCACUCGCAUCCUCAACGAACCCCACUUUCAGUCACUGCUGGAGACCCAUGACUCGGUGGCGUCCCAGGUGUGUGACACCCCUCCCCCCAGCCCCUGUGCCUACAUGGAGCUCCCUGUCAGCAACCAGCCCGUGCCACCAGAUGCCGUCCGGAUGGUGGGCAUCCGCAAAGUGGCUGGUGAACACUUGGGCGUGACUUUCCGUGUGGAGGCGGGGGAGCUGGUGAUUGCCAGGAUCCUCCACGGAGGGAUGAUCGACCAGCAGGGACUCCUUCACGCGGGUGACAUCAUCAAGGAGGUGAACGGGAAGGAGGUGGGUGAGGACCCGAGGGUUCUGCAGGAGAUCCUGCAGGAUGCCAGCGGCAGCGUGGUGCUCAAGAUCCUCCCUAGCUAUCAGGAGGGCCACGCGCCAGGACAGGUGUUUGUGAAGUGUCACUAUGACUACGACCCGGCCAAUGACAACCUGAUCCCGUGUAAAGAGGCAGGGCUUAAGUUCUACACAGGUGACAUCCUGCAGAUCGUCAAUCAGGAUGACCUCAACUGGUGGCAGGCUCGUCGUUGUGUGGAGGGAGGGAGUGCUGGGCUGAUCCCCAGUCAGCUGCUAGAGGAGAAAAGAAAAGCCUUUGUCAAGCGAGACGUGGAGCUGGCCCCCGCAGGAAAUCUUUGUACUGGAGUGGCGGGAAAGAACAAGAAGAAAAAGAUGAUGUAUCUAACCACUAAGAAUGCAGAGUUUGACAGGCAUGAGUUGCUGAUCUAUGAGGAGGUUGCCAAGGUGCCUCCAUUCCGCAGGAAGACGUUGGUUCUGAUUGGUGCUCUGGGAGUGGGCCGACGCAGCCUGAAGAACAAACUGCUGCUGUCUGACCCACAACACUACGGCACCACCAUCCCCCACACCUCCAGAAAGCCAAAGUCAGGAGAGCGGGAGGACCAGAUGUAUGCCUUCACCUCGCGGAGCAAGAUGGAGGCAGACAUCAAGAAUGGCCGCUACCUGGAGCACGGCGAGUACGACGGCAAUCUCUACGGGACCAAGAUGGACUCCAUCCAUGAGGUGGUGGAGGCCGGUCGCAUCUGUGUACUGGACGCCAAUCCUCAGGCCUUGAAGGUACUGCGUACGUCUGAGUUCCUGCCUUACGUGGUGUUCAUCGAGGCCCCUGAUUUUGAGGUCCUUCAGGCCAUGAACCAGUCGGCCAUCGAGACUGGAGUUGUCACCAAGCAGCUGACGGACUCAGAGCUGAAGAGAACAGUGGAUGAGAGCACCCGCAUCCAGACGGCCUACGGACACUACUUUGACCUCACCAUUGUCAACGACAACCUGGACGAGAGCUACAGGAACCUGAAGGCAGCCCUGGAGAAGGUCUCUGCUACCCAGCAGUGGGUCCCAGUCACCUGGGUCUUCUAGUGGGACAAGAAGGAAGGACAAGAGGGUGGUGUUGAACACUUGUUCUCUCAUUCAUCCCCACUAGACAUCUGAUGAUACUGUCUGGCUCAUCAUCACAGUGACCUCUGGACCUCUGCCCUUUGGACCCCAUACUGUACAUAAGACAGAACUGACAGUAUUCUUUUUGCUGUGUAUGUGUUGCUUUUGGAAAUUUGUCAGCAAAACAUCAAGGAUUUUCUUGUUUGGGCAUUUGUGUGUGUGUGUGUGUGUGUGUGCGUGCGUGCAUUCGUGCGGUUGCAGAGUGUCUUUACAAUAAUCCUGUUCACUACAUUGACUCUUUAGGUCAGCAAUAGUUCAUCUAUGUUUACAUGAAUCAUUAAAUGGACAUUCAGAAUAUGAAACAGAUAGUCUUACAUCCAAACAGUAAACAGUGGUAGAUGGCCUUCUACUCUUUAUGUCUUCACUACAGGUCUGACACACACACACACGCACACACACACACACACACCAAAUUCUAUUUUUAUUACCACAUUCUAUUUUUUGGUAUGAUUGCGUUCAAGUUGGAACACUUUUUGACACCUACUGUUGGGUAUUUCUUUUUUCUAUCAUUUCAAAAAGGCAAGACACUAAGGUGUGAUAAUAAAACAUACACAUCAUUUGAUGAUAGCAUGUAGAUGCAUAGAGAGAUGUGUAUGACAGAUGGACUGUAAGUACAACCUUUAUUUAUGUAACGACACAGAUACUUCUUCUAUAUGUUUGACAAGGUAACGGCUCCAGAAUUUUGCUUGAUGGGUUCCUUGCUGUUUACUUGUCAAACUGGGCAGACCUUUUUAAUUCCACUUUCGUAACAGAGGAUCUUGUGAUGCAGUGAUCCAGCAUGUCUAUUGGGUCAGUUGAAAUCGAUGCACCGCAGGCUUCGGGAAGUUUGGUGAUAAUUGGUUUGGGGUGGUAUUCACUAGACACGAAACAGAACAGAAAGCAGACUGAGGAUGUACUCUGUACUGUAUUGGAUAGCUUGUUUUCGUUUUCUGUUGCGAAACAUUUAGCUAGAAUGUGCCCUAAUGAACACGACCCUGGAAACUCCAGAGGAACGACACACAACAAUGACACAAGUCAUAGUUUCUUCCUUUUAGUAUGGUUUCUGCAUUCCACGAGGCUCACAUGUAUCCAUGGCAUUUUCAAAUACCUAGAAUAUGAGUUUGGAGAUUUCAAUUAGAUGAAUCCAGGAUUGAACGAUUUCAAGAAGCGUGUGUAUUUGACUGUGUAUCAGUCACAUUUUCUAGACGUACUGUAAAUGACAGACUGUGAAUGUAGAUAUACAGUAGACUAGAGGCACACGCCAGCUACGGUGACGGUGUGUUGUUUAUAGGAAAAUGAACUGUACAUUUGAAGAUGUCCACAAUUAAACGUAUAAAAUCAA